UGGGCUGCGGGUGCUAAGCCCACAUCUGCCGUGGAUUGUACAGAGCUCUGCACUUGUGGCUGCAGGGCUGCUGUGCUCCCGUCCACGGCCCUUCUAUAGCACAUUCACCAUCGCAGCUUUGGGCCUAUUUUCACGGAGGCGCCUCUAGGUGUUUAACUUCCUCUGCCAGCUGCCUCUGCCUACUGUCUCCCAUUCCCGCUUUAAGACCGUCAGAGAAUACUGAAAACUUUCGGCUGGGGCACGCGCACCGCACCGUCCUUUUCCCGCUCCUUUCUUCCCCAGCGUUUAUAUUAGAGAGCUGCUCCACUCACUGGAAAUUGCUCCCUCCCCCCGGGCCGGUCACUGAGCCGAGAGCAGGGCACAUGGAUAUGUAGAAACAGAUGUUUGGGGCUCCCGGUCCUGGUCUCUGUAAUCAGUGCGGCCUGGUUCCUCCUUCGGUUUUCAAGGGCCUUAGGGAGAUGCAGGACGGCCCAGCGGAAAGGGCACCGGACGAAGUAGAGGCCGAAGCUGCCCUGGUGCCUGCAGAGGUCCCAGCCUGGCGCUCAAAGGCAUGGUCUACACUGAGACCAAGGCCACCUGGUCCCUAACGCCCCAUGGGUUCAGCUGGUGGGACCUCGCCGACCACCUCCCAUCCGGCCGCCGGGAUCCCAUCGCUUCCCCCGGAUUCCAACGCUGCGUCCUCCCCGCCCCAACUCCGUGCCCCGGCACCCCUCCCCUUCCUCCCGCCGACACGGCGGCCGGGCUUUCCCGCCUCCCGGCCCCGAAUCCAAUCCCGGUUUCCCCGCCCCGCCCCCAGCUCUCGGCUGGGCCGCCCCGCGCGCCGUCACCGCCGCCGUCACCGCGCGUCGGCAGCAGCCCGCGCGCGCCCGGCCACGGGGCUCGGCUCCGGUGCGCGGCUCCGGCCGGGUAGGCGGGAGGGAGCCGAGGACAAUGCGCCCCGCGCCCGGCGCCCCCCGCGCGGCCCCGCCCCCCGCCCGGCUGCAGCCCCGGUUCCCGCGCGGCCGGAGCGGCUCGGGCAGCAGCAGCGGCGGCAGCGGCGGCGACACCGGCAGCAGCAGCAGCAGCAGCAGCAGCGCGGGCGCCGAGCGGGAGGACGACGACGAGAGCGCCAGCAUCAGCAGGCCGCUGGUGCCCGCCGGGCCCCCGGGGAGCGCCGCCGCCUCCUGCGCCUCCACGCCCACCUCCCCGCGUAGCAUGACCGCCGCCGACCUGGGCGCGGGCGCCGUCGCCGGGGCCGUCGGGGGCGCGGGCGGCGCCAGCCCCGGCCCCUCCUGCCGUUUGUGUUGCUGCUGCUGCGGUCGCCGGGCUCGGCCGGGCCGCGGCGGUGGGCGCCGCGGCUGCGCCCCCGGCCCGGGCUGUCGCUGGGGCUACCAGGCGCUGUCCGUGGCGCUGCUGCUGGCGCAGGGCGGCCUGCUGGACGUGUACCUCAUCGCUGUCACCGACCUGUACUGGUGCUCCUGGGUCGCCACCGACCUGGUGGUCGCGGCGGGCUGGGCCAUCUUCUUCGCCAAGAACAGCCGGGGCCGUCGGGGCGCCGCGCACACCCACCACCAGCACCACCCGCACGCCGCGCCCCUGCACCUGCCUGCCGCCCCCGCCGCCGCUGCCGGGGCUGCGGGAGCCAAGGCGCGCGGCGGCCGCGGGGGCGCGGGCGGCCUGGGGCCGGCGGGGGCGGCCGGCGCGGCCGGCGAGUUCGCCUUCGCCUACUUGGCCUGGCUCAUCUACUCCAUCGCCUUCACGCCCAAGGUGGUGCUCAUCCUGGGCACGUCCAUCCUGGACCUCAUCGAGCUGCGCGCGCCCUUCGGCACCACGGGCUUCCGCCUCACCCUGGCGCUGUCGGCGCCGCUGCUCUACUGCCUGGUGCGGGCCAUCGGCGAGGCAGGCGCCACCCCCGGCUCCGCGGGCCCCCUGCUCCUGCAGCCCCAGCGGCACCGCGCCGCCGGCUGCUUCCUGGGCACGUGCCUGGACCUGCUGGACAGCUCCGCCCUGGUGGAGCUGAUGCUGGACGGCCGCGCGCCGCUGCCCGCGCACCUGCGCUACCUGCUUCUCGCCGCCUACUUCCUCGCGCUCGCCUCGCCGGUGCUCUGGCUCCACGAGCUCCACGCCGCUGCCGCCUCGCCCCGGGGCCGGGCCUCGCGGCCGGGAGGCUGCAGCCGCCUGCUGCGCCUGCUGGGCGGCUGCCUCGUGGACGUACCCUUGCUGGCGCUGCGCUGCCUGCUGGCCGUGAGCUACCAGCAACCGCUCUCCGUCUUCAUGCUCAAGAACCUCUUCUUCCUCGGCUGCCGCGGCCUGGAGGCCCUGGAGGGCUGCUGGGACAGGGAGACCCCGGCGUCCCCGAGUCGGGCUCGGGCAGGCUACGGCGCUCCGCCCUCCGCCCCGUUGGUGCCGGGAGCCCCCCAGCUGGGCCACUGCAUCUCGGAGGACGAGGGGGGCGCCCACGGCUACGUCAACACCCUGGCUGUGGCGUCCCAAAACUGAGGGGUCUGGGGGCUUGCUCUGGAGUUGGGAGACCCCGCUCCCUGUCCUGCGACCUUCCCUCACCCAGACUGGAUCAGCCUCUGUUUGGGGGAGGUAACUGUAAACAGGGCUGAGAGCCAGCGCACCCCUCUGAACCCCUUGGGUCAAGACUGCUCAGAAGGAGCCAGCCGCUGAAGAGACGGAGGAGGGUCGCCGGCUCUCCUCCUCUCGACGCCCUUCCCCAAUCCUUCUCUCCAGGGGCGGGGCACCUCUGCUUCUUGCUUCUCCCACCUCCUCUGAUUCCUCUCCCUUGCAGGGCAGAAUGGAGGAAAGGGGGGCCCAGGGCCUUUGGCCACCCACCUUGCUUGGACGUGCCAGCUUCUUUUAGGCUGUGGUUAGUGGUCCUUGACCCACACCUUGAAAUGACCCAGAAUCCCAUGC